AUGAAAUGCUCAUACCCACCACCAGGGUGUGAAAAUGCUCAACCUUCUCCUGGUGUUUGUUGUCCUGAUUAUCAGGCACUCGUUUCACCAGUUACUAAAAAUAAGAACAUUCUCAUUUACAAUAGCUCCAGCAUUAUCGAUAGCUUAUUUUUGACAGAAUUCGCAUGCCCCCCACAACCAGGAUGCGUUUAUCAAAAUGUUCCUCGUAAAUUAUGCCCUGAGUUAUUAUAUUGUGGUUGUAUGGUUGAUGGCAUAUUGUACUCAUUUGAUUCUGACGUUCCUCAUGACGAUCCAUGUCGUUCUUGUUACUGUGAUUAUGGAGCAGUUUAUUGUGAGCGGAAGCAAUGCUCAUAUCCACAAGAAGGAUGUGUUUAUCAAAAUAUUCCUGGUCAAUGUUGUCCUGAGUUAUCAUAUUGUGGCUGUAUGGUUGAUGGAACAGUGUAUGAUUUUGGAUCCUACAUUCCUGUUGAUGAUCCAUGCAGUGUUUGUUUUUGUGAUAAUAUUGGAGAUAUUGGAGAAGUUUCUUGUGAGCAGAAGGAAUGCUCAUACCCACCACCAGAAGGAUGUGUUUAUCAAAAUGUUCCUGGUCAAUGUUGUCCUGAGUUAUCAUAUUGUGGCUGUAUGGUUGAUGGCACAGUGUAUGAUUUCGAAUCCGAAGUUCCUAAUGAUGAUCCAUGCCUUUCUUGCUACUGUGAUUUCAAUGGAGAAGUUUCUUGUAUGCAGAAAGAAUGCUCAUCUCCACCACCAGGAUGCGUUUAUCAAAGUGUUCCUGGUAAAUGUUGUCCGGAGUUAUCAUAUUGUGGUUGUAUGGUUGAUGGCACAGUGUAUGAUUUUGAAUCCGACGUUCCUGAUGAUGAUCCAUGCAAUUCUUGUUACUGUGAUUUCAAUGGAGAAGUUUCUUGUAUGCAGAAGGAAUGCUCAUACCCACCACCAGGGUGUGAAAAUGCUCAACCUUCUCCUGGUGUUUGUUGUCCUGAUUAUCAGGCACUCGGUUGUGAAACUGUAGAAACUCCAGAAAUUCCAGCUCCAUAA